GCAAGCCUGCUGCCCGAGAGUGUUUUGUCGUGCUGUACCGUUUCUUUGCAUUGAUCCUUUUUUUGUACUGUAUGUGUGUCUUUGCAGCAUAACUAGAGGAUGUAGUGGACGCCAGCAAGGGAGAGAGGAGGUCAAAGUGCAUUCUGACUGCAGACUGCAGAAAAAAAGAUGCAGAUGACGCCAGGAUUUUGGGAUGCAUCUGGAAUUAAUAAAACGCUGCGUGUAUUUUUUGUGAAUAUUACAUCAUGGGAAUAUUCUAGUGCUUUUGGAAGGGUGUAGGCAUUUCAGCGCAGAGUGACAACCUGACUUACACCUGUGAGGGUCAACUAAUUUUGGAGAGCAGAUGGUGUCCACCGCUCUCUGAAAGGGGAAAUGGAACCAGAGCAUUGUGAGGAGCACAAGGUGGUGGACCUUCGGGUGAAAGACGCCACACUCGAGCUCGCAGACGUGGUCGGACAUAGUGUGCUGCCCUGUGGUCCUGAUGAGGGAUGUGAGGAGCUGUGUACCAGCAACAAGGAGGAUGAUGAAGGAGACAGUAAGAACACUGAGACCACAUGCUCCACUGAUCCUAAAGGAGAAGGCACGGGGGCGCCAAGAUGCCAAGAGCACAGGAAGCUGAAGAAGACAAACAGCUGGAAGAUGGUGCGAUUCCAAGAUCCAUCCAUGGAGGAUGAUGUGCUGGAGAGGGACAGCUCAGUAGAGAGUCUCUUUCCAGAAUAUGCCCUGGAGGAGUGGACCAUGACCUCCUUUGAAGAGCUGUUUGUGAAAGAAGACUGGCAGGACAUAACAGAGGACCGACUGUUGAGGAAGAAGGUGCUGGAGCCCGCAACCGCUGAUGCCCAGAGUCCCACCUGGGGCCAGGAGGUCACUGUGAAGAUGCAGGGUGUCCUGGAGGACCGCACUGUGGUGGAGAAGGACUGCAAGUUGGUGUUUGUUAUUGGAGAAGGAGAUGUGAGCCAGGCGUUGGAGGAGUGUGUGCUAUGCAUGCACAGGGGCGAGAUCACAUUACUGCUGGCAGAUUCACAGUAUGCAUAUGGGCUUCUGGGAAGAGAGCCUGACAUCCCGGCCUGGGCUCCUUUGCUGUACCAGCUGCAGCUGCUCGACGUCAGAGACAAACCAGAUCCAUUAAAUUUGCUUGUAUCUGAUCGCAUCCGGAUUGGCAACCAGAAGCGAGAGCGAGGGAACUUUCAUUUCCAGAGGGAGGAAUACAGCAUGGCUGCACGAGCAUAUUGUAUGGCUCUGGAUGUGCUGACCACCUGCAGCAGAGAUACCAGUGAUGGCGGCGUAAAGGAGGAGGAGCAGGAGGUGCACGACUACAGAGUGAAGUGUUUAAACAACCUGGCCACCACGCAGCUCAAGCUGGAGCAGUACAACGAGGCUCUCAGCACCAGCCGAGAUGUUCUGGCCCUCGAUUCCAACAACGUCAAGGCCCUUUUCCGGGCUGGAAAGAUUCUGUCCGACAUGAGAGAAUACAAAGAGGCGAUGGAGCUGCUCAAGAAGGCCUUGAAACUGGAACCCACUACCAAGGCUUUCCACGCUGAGUUGUCCAAAUUGGUGCAGAGGCAGUCAGGAGGCAAAGCCACACGGGAAUGGAAAGCCAAACCUGCAGAGGUGCUUGGAGACAACAUUGCACCUUUCGUCAUUCCGUCCAAGAAGCAAAGAUCAGGAAUCUCCUGGAAGUUUAUACUUGGAGCGCUGGUGGUGGCGUUGGCCAGCUUAGUGACCUCACUGAUCCUGACUGCCAGAAACUGAACAUCCUCCUCCUCUUCCUACUCCGCUGUACUGUACUGUAUACACUUAGCAGCCACAGCAGAGGUACACUCGCACUCUACGUGCAUCUAUCAAGUUGUAGCUGGUAAAUAUACAGUACAGUAUGCAUGAAUGAUAUUUUCAGCUCAGACACACGUCAGUUACCAUUCCAGAUCAUACUCUACUUUUUGUGGUUUCAUUAGAAAAAUGUACUUUUGUUUGCAAAAAAAAAGAAUGUGGGGGGGAAAAAAAUCCUUACACUUCUAAAACGUAAUACCUGAACUAUAUAUGAAAGUGCUCAACAAGUGAAUGUGUUUGGACUGUAAUGUGAUGUUGUGUACACUGAGGAUUAAUGAAAUAGAAAUGUGCUUGUUUUAUUCGCCUGUAUUUGUGAACAACACACUUUGUUUGCUGUGUUUAUGGUACAGUAAUUAUAGCAAGACAAUUAUUUA